CCUAUCCUUUCACAUUCGCUGUGAUUCCAUAGCAUUCAUCUAGUACUUGUUUAUCAAGUAAAUGGAAGAAGUGAGAAAUCAUCAGGUGAUAUUGAAGGAUUACGUUAAUGGAUUCCCCAAGGAAUCAGACAUGCUCCUUAAAACUUUCGCCACCAUCCCCCUCAAACUACCACAAGAUUCCAAUGGCAUCCUCGUCAAGAACCUUUAUCUCUCCUGUGAUCCAUACCUGUGUCUUCUGAUGAGCAAAGGUCUAGUCGGUUCCUUCACUCCUGGUUCGCCCAUAACAGGAUUUGGAGUCGCUAAAGUUGUGGAAUCUGGGCAUUCAAACUUCAAGAAAGAUGACCUAGUUUGGGGAUUGACUGGAUGGGAAGAAUACACCAUUAUCACUACUCCGGAGACCCUUUUUAAGAUUCAAGAUACAGAUGUCCCUCUUUCAUAUUAUACAGGAAUCCUUGGUAUGCCUGGUAUGACUGCUUAUUAUGGCUUCUAUGAGAUAUGUGCUCCGAAGAAAGGAGAGUAUGUCUUUGUUUCAGCAGCUUCUGGGGCAGUCGGUCAGCUUGUCGGGCAGUUUGCAAAGCUGACAGGAUGCUAUGUUGUUGGGACUGCUGGAACCAACGAAAAGGUUGAGCUGCUGAAGACCAAAUUUGGAUUUGAUGAGGCUUUUAACUACAAGGAAGAGCAAGAUCUGGAUGCAGCUCUCAAAAGGUACUUUCCAGAAGGAAUUGAUAUAUACUUCGAGAAUGUUGGUGGGAAAAUGUUGGAGGCAGUGCUUUUAAAUAUGAGAGUAAAUGGACGGAUUUCGGUUUGUGGAAUGAUCUCACAAUACAAUUUAAAUCAAGAACAGGGUGUGAGGAAUUUGUCAAGCAUAAUAAUGAAAAGACUUCUUGUGAAGGGAUUUAUUAUAUUUGAUAACUUUGACUUGUAUCCAAACUAUCUUGAAAUGGUUAUACCUUUGAUAAAAGAAGAGAAGAUAUGUUACAUAGAAGAUGUUGCAAAUGGGCUUGAAAAUGCACCUGCGGCUUUGAUCGGGCUUUUUUUGGGCAAAAAUGUUGGGAAGCAAGUGGUGUUUGUGGCCCGUGAAUGAGUGGAUUUGAUAUCUUUAUGUAUACGUAGCAUAAAUGUUUUUUAUAAAUAACUAGAAAAGAUUCCCCGGCGUUGCCGGGUCGGAAGGUAUUGCUUUGUAAAGUAAAGUAGCAUGUUGGUUGUUUUUUGUCCGUUAAUGUGAGGGUAAUUUGGUCUUUUCAGGUAGUAGGG